GCGAGUCGACCUGCUAACGUCUUCCCCGACGAACUUCAUCAAGUUUUCUUUCUCGGCACCAGGGAUAUCUUUUUUUCUAUUUCCCCCACCAAACACGAAAAACACCGCCUUUGGAUUAACCCAACUUUAUGGAAUUACGUCAAUUUUUCUUCGAGAAAAGUGGUCGAGCUCAGCCGGGGUAUCUCCAUGCUCCUCUUCCCGGCGAGUACUGAAGCGCGGCUGAAGUCGUCGCAUCAGUGGCGGUGGUAGCGGGCCGGUGGAGUCACACGAAGAUGAGCAAAGUGAACUUCCACAACAACAAAGCCAUGCAGGACCGCCGCUGCGUCUGUGUCUUUCUGCCCAACGACGAUACGCUCAAUGUCAUAGUCAGUGUAAAGACCCUGUGCCAGGAACUGUUGGUCCAGGUGUGUGACCUUCUGAGGCUGAAGGACUGCCACCUAUUUGGACUCAGCGUUAUUCAAAAUAAUGAACACAUUUACAUGGAGCUGGAUCAGAAACUGUCAAAGUACUGCCCCAAAGAAUGGAAGAAAGAAGCCAGCAAGGGAAUCGACCAGUUUGGCCCGCCGAUGAUCAUCCACUUCAGAGCUCAGUAUUAUGUGGAAAACGGACGCUUGAUCAGCGACCGCGCCGCCAGGUACUAUUACUAUUGGCACCUGAGGAAACAGGUGCUACUCUCACAGUGCAUUCAGAGAGAAGAAGCAUACUUCCUACUGGCGGCCUUCGCCCUGCAGGCUGACUUGGGCAACUUCAAACGGAACAAGCACUUUGGCAAAUACUUUGAACCCGAAGCUUACUUUCCCCCCUGGGUGAUAACCAAACGUGGUCGCGACUACAUUCUGAGACAUAUCCCCAACAUGCACAAGGACCAGUUUGCCCUCACAGCCUCUGAGGCGCAUCUCAAGUACAUCAAGGAGUGCGCGCAGCUCGACGAUGUCACCGUCCAUUACUACAGACUCUACAAAGACAAGAAAGAAGUGGAGGCAUCUCUCACUUUAGGACUGACGUUACGUGGGAUUCAAAUAUUCCAGAACAUCGGCUCCGUGAGGCAGCUUUUGUAUGACUUCCCGUGGACCAAUGUGGGGAAGCUCGUUUUCGUGGGAAAGAAGUUUGAGAUCCUCCCAGAUGGGCUGCCUUCAGCUCGGAAGCUCAUCUACUACACCGGGUGCCCCGCACGCUCUCGCCACCUCUUGCAGCUGCUCAGCAACAGCCACCGUCUGUACAUGAAUCUGCAGCCCGUCCUCAAGCAGGUCCGCCGGCUGGAGGAACACGAAGAGAAGAAACAGUACCGUGAGUCUUACAUCAGCGACGCUCUGGAACUGGACAUAGAUCACCUGGACAAGCGUUCACGGGCCAGCGGUAGCAGCGCCGGUAGCAGCUCCCGCCACAAACGCCUGUCCCGCCACUCCACUGCCAGCCACGGCAGCUCGCACACAUCUGGUAUCGAAGCGGACAGCAUCCGCGCGACCCACCCGACCCCCCGUGUGCCCCUUGGGACGUGCGGCUCGUCCACCGCAAGCCACGGCAGCUCGCGCACAUCAGGCGUGGAGAGCGGUGGCAAAGAGCGAAUCUUGGAUGAUGAUGACGAGAUCGAGAUGCUGGUGGACGACCCCAAAGAUUACGAAGAGCUGAGCGAGACGUCCCUGGACCAAGAGCUGUGCAUCCAUAUCACUGAGGACAUGUUGACCAUGUCCCCUGAUCACAACAACGGAUUAUCUGGUCUCAUUGUGAAAGACGUCAGCUCGUCCACAUCAAGCUCCUCGGAGACGGUCGUAAAAAUGAGAGGACAAAGCAUCGAAUCUCUGCCGCAGACGUCGACGUGCCGAAAGACUUCGUCAUCCGGCGACCGCCACAGUCAGUCGCUGGACGACGUCCGCCUGUACCAGAAGGACUGCCUUCAGUGGGCUGAGCUGUGCCAGGACACAGCACACAGCUACACUUUCGGGUGUGCCAAAGAGCUGAGCGAUGGUGGAAGCGGAGCCUAUCAGUGUCUGGCAGACCAGUGCGCCGGGAUCAAGAGAACCAGCAAGUACUUCUCCCUGGACCUCACCGGCGACGACGUGCCUGAGUUUGUAGUGUGAGGAACUCCACUCCCUUUUUAAAAAAAAAAAAAAAAAAAAAAAACAAUAACGAGCAACGGUCUGUGUAUGUUUCAGCCAUUUGUUGUGUUCUUCCAAUUUCAGAAAAUUAAAACAGAAUCUGAUGUUCCAUUAUCACAGAAGGUUGAGGAGUAAAAUGAAAUGAUUAUUUGUUUUCUCCAAGUUCUCUUUCCCUUGGCCCAUGACUUUCUUCUAGUACAGUGGUACCUCCAUUUUCGAGCAUCUCUACAUCCAGAAUUUUCAAGUUAAGAUACACCUCAAUGGGAAAAUAUUCCCUCUUGUUACGAAAGAAAUUUCAGGAUACGAAAGGCAAAAAUAUAGUAUGGCUGCUCCUCACAGCUCCCAGAGUUGACUGAACGUAGCAUACUUAUAGCUGCUCUGCCAUUGGCUAUUGCCUUGCAUUCCUGGCAUCCAAUUCGCUGAGAGUUCUAUUGUAUGUGUACGUGUGUAUCCCAAGGUCCUCUUAAUUCACCCCUCGUGUUCCGAUACCUUUACAUGAGUGUAUUAACUUUUAUUCUUCAUUCGGUUUUUUUUACACUAUGAACAACUCCGAUUUCAUGUUUAUUGUGCAAUAAUCUUACUGUAACAUGUAUUUCUUAAAUGUUUGGAUGCAUUUUUAUGCAUUAUAAAUGAUAUAUGUCUGAAUUUUGGGGGGCUUGGAAUGGAUUAGGGCAUUUACAUUAAAAACGCGUCUCUACUUAACAGAAUUUUCAAGUUACGAAAGUACUUCCAAAAACCAAAUAAUAUCAUACGUAGAGGUACCAUUGUACUAACAUUAGCUAUUUUUACCAUCUCAAAACCUCUUGUUAACACACCUGAAAAAUUCUGGAAGCCGCCACCGUCAUUCCAUCAUGUAGAGCUAAACAUUUUACCAACACAAAACAAUACUAAUUACACCAUUGUGGUCAUCAAUCAAAAUCGUCACACUUGCAAAAAAAUGUCAAUUACAAUAUUAACACCAUGAGGCACAACACCCCACCGCUGCUGCAGAAUAAGCAGCAGCAAAAAAAUGUCUUCCAGGCCACGGCAAUGUGAACUUGGUUCAACGGGAAAAAAGUAUUUUAUUUUACCACGCGUAAAAUAAACUCAGAAUGGGACAACAGAUUUUGUUGUUUAUGCUAAAAAACGGGAAUAGUUCAAUUUUUUUCUUUUCUCUGAAAUUAGAAGCAAAAAACAAAUGGCCAAAAGGUACACGGACCAGCAACAAUAAAGGGAUCGCAAAUGACUCCAAUGUUUUACUAGUAACCAAAGACGAGAUGGACGAUUCUCACACUUCUUGUCAAAGUGUGGCGUGCACAACACCCGUGCCACCCGAUGUGCCUUUCAUCCGCGACAAUCGCCGCCUUCUACCAGUUAUUUCAACAUCACCUGGUGCCAUUUAUAGUUUGCCCGACGCCAAUUUAAACGGACAGACAACAAGUACAGUGCUGGCCAAAAGUAUUGGCACCCCUGCAAUUCUGUCAGAUAAUGCUCAAUUUCUCCCAGAAAAUGAUUGCAAUUACAAAUGCUUUGGUAGUAAUAUCUUCAUUUAUUUUGCUCGGAAUGAAAAAACACAAAAGACGAUGGGAAAAAAAAUAAACCAUGAUCAUUUUACACAAAACUCCCAAAAUUGGCCGGACAAAAGUAUUGGCACCCUUUGAAAAAUCAUGUGAUGCUUCUCUAAUUUGUGUAGUUAACAGGACCUGUUACUACAGGUGGUGGCAAUAACUAAAUCACACUUGUAGUCAGUUAAAAUGAAUUAAAGUUGACUCAACCUCU